AUGAUGCCUCAACAGAGGAGUUUUAUUGAUGCUGUGAUGCGGCAUAACCCACCAACAUAUUUUGGUUCCGUAGAGCCUGAAGUUCUUGAGUUCUGGGUUAAAAAGAUGGAAAAGAUAUUUCGUGUUGUUCAGGUUCCACCAGAUCAACGAGCCAAUAUCGGGGCUAAUUUCUUGGAAGGUCGAGCAAAUCGGUGGUGGUUAGGUGAGGAAGCUGCGGGAGUGGACCAAGUGGAUUUGACUUGGGAUGAGUUUAAAGCAAAAUUAAAUGCUAGGUUUAUACCGUCACAUGUUCGAAAAGCAAAGAAGCAAAAGCUGCUGGACUUGAAGCAGGGUUCGAUGUCAGUCGAGGACUAUUUUGUAAAGUUCAAUGAGUUGGAGAUGUAUGUUCCUGACUACUUUUCCUGUGAGCGAGAUAGAGUUGAUCAUUUUGUAGAUGGGUUGCAGCAGAGGAUUCAAGAAACUUUAGCUGUGUUGGAUAUCAGUUCGUUGUAUGAGGCUUACGAGCGUGCUGCCCGAUUCUAUCAGAAGCAGGAAGUCAGGCAGAAGGGCAGUAAGAAGGAAAUGGGGUAUCAACAUCAGUUUCGAGAUAAAGGAAAAGCUGAGGUGGAGGACGAACCAAAUGGUACCCAUUGUGAUGAAGUUCCAUUAACAUGUUUUAAGUGUGGUGGUAGUGGUCAUAUUGCCAGGCUAUGCCCAAGUGUGGUAACUGCAAGGGAGUUUCCAGAACCGAGAUUUAGGCCAUGGCAGCAGCCAUCUUCACAGUCACAGGGGAGAGGAUUAGGAUCAUCAUGGCGAGGUGGUCGAAGCCAGUCACGUCCAUCAUCUAGGCAGCUAGACAGAGGACCUGACCAGCGUGGCAGAAUAAAUGUUGUUACCCAAACAGAGGCUGAUCAUCACCCAGGUGAGGUUCUAACAGGUAGAUUUCUUAUUUGCGGUUUGUCAGCUAUUGUGUUAUUUGAUUCGGGUGCAACGUUCUCGUUCAUAUCUAAACGUUUGGUUAAGAGAUUGGGUCUGAAUUCAUCGGUAGAAGUGGUAGUGGAAGUUUUACUUCCAUCACGAGAAGUACUGGAGUGCCGAGAACUCUAUAUGCAAAUUCCGGUUAGUAUUGAGGGAGUUGAUUUUGCUACAUACUUGUUGAGUAUGAAGUUAUCCGAGUUCGAUGUGAUACUGGGGAUGGAUUGGUUAAUGGCAUAUCAAGCUCAAUUUGAUUGUCGAAAAAGAUCAAUUUCGUUGGUUGGAGCGAUGGGUGAACAAGUGAGCUAUGCAGGAUCUGCAAGACAACCUUCUAUGAAGGUAAUUUUGUCCCUAUCAUUUCAAGCACUUAUUCGUAAGGGGUAUCCAGUAUAUCUGUGUGAGGUAAGAGAUUUGAAGCAAGGGGAGCAGCGGUUGCAAAAUAUUCAUGUGGUUUGA